AUGGACAAGGAGGGAAAAUGGCACGAGCAGCUUCUCGGCUCCAUACUCUCCGAGACACACCUGCGUGGCCUGCCCGCUUGCGUCGUGCUCCUUGGCUUCGUGCUUCCCGAGACACACCUGCGCGGCCUGCCCGCAUGCAUCGUGCUCCUCGACUCCAUACUCUCCGAGACACCCCUGCGCGGCCUGCCCGCCUGCGUCGUGCUCCUCGGCUCCAUGACCCCCGAGUCCACCUCUACUCGGCCUGUCCGACUAAGUCGUGCUCCUCGGUUGCAUGUUACUCGGGACCACGCCUACGCGUUCAGCCCACCUGCGCCGUGCUCCUCGGCUGCGUGUUACCCGAGACCACACCUGCGCAGCCUGCCUACCUACGUCGUGCUCCUCGAUUACACGUUGCCCGAGACCACGCCUGCGCGACCUGCCCGCCUGCGCCGUGCUCCCCGGUCGCAUGCUCUCCGAGACCCCGAUCUCUGCUCGGCUUCCCGAUUGAGUUGUGCACCUCGGCCGCAUCGCCCCCCCCCCCCUCCGCCCCAAACUUUGGGCGCCGGAGCGGAGGGCGAUGGCGGCGGAACUGGGGCAGCAGACGGUGGAGUUCUCCGCCCUUGUGCGACGAGCCGCGGAGGAUUCCUACCUCGCCCUCAAGGAGCUGGUGGAGCGGUCCCGGGCGCCGGAGGACCAGCGAUCCGACUCCGAGAAGAAGAUAGACCUCCUCAAGUUCAUCGCCAAGACUCAGCAGCGGAUGCUCCGCCUCCAUGUGCUCGCCAAGUGGUGCCAACAGGAAAAGUAGUAGCCAAAUUCUGUGCAAAAUACCUGCACACUCAAAUUCUCAAGUAUGAGCCUCAGUUGGGUGGUGAUUUAUCUGCUUCAGUACAAAAAGCAUUUUUAAGAAUGGAUGAGAUGAUGAAAGGACAGAGAGGAUGGAGGGAAUUAGCUGUACUGGGGGACAAAAUGGACAAGUUCACAGGUUUAAUUGAAGGAUUGAUAUGGUCCCCAAGGGGUGGUUAUUCCAGUGAACAUUUAGAUGAAUGGGCAUAUGAGGAGGGACCACAUUCUGAUUUCUCUGGACCGACAUCUGGAAGCACAGCUUGUGUGGCAGUCAUCAGAAACAACCAACUCAUUGUUGCAAAUGCUGGUGAUUCUCGUUGUGUACUCUCGAGGAAGGGUCGGGCAAUUAGUUUGUCAACAGACCACAAACCAUAUCUUGUUGAGGAGAAGGAAAGGAUCGUAAAAGCAGGUGGUUUUAUUCAAGCAGGACGAAUAAAUGGAAGCUUAAACCUCACUAGAGCAAUUGGUACUUCCUCAGUCGACAUGGAAUUCAAGCAAAAUAAGUUUUUACCUGCUGAGAAGCAAGUUGUGACAUGCAAUCCAGACAUAAACAUUGUGGAGCUAUGCGAUGAUGAUGAAUUUCUCAUUUUAGCAUGUGAUGGAGUCUGGGAUUGCAUGAUAAACCAGCAACUGGUGGAUUUCAUCACUGAGCAUAUAAAAACGGAGAGCUGCCUGUCUGCAGUAUGUGAAAGAGUGUUGGACCGGUGUCUGGCACCAUCCACCAUUAGUGAAGAGGGAUUGGACAACAUGACGAUGAUACUGGUGCAAUUUAAUAAGCCGAUCAGACCUGAUGCUCCUCAUACAUAAAAAUGAUGAUAUGCUGGGUGAGACUGAAGUUCCAAGUGAUCCUUCUAUCCUGCUGUAGAUUUGAAGUGUGUUGUACAUAGCAAUAUAUCCUCUUGAAGGUUGUAGCGUAUACAUUUGGACAAAUCAUCAUAUGGCAGUGAAUUAGUUGCGGGUGAUCCCAAAGUUCCCAUCUUUAACCCGAUAGUUAGUAUCGAAUGUAUAAAGCACUAUUCAUUUGGUUUACGGAGUGCUGAAGAACUAAAUGGUUGACUUUACUCUUCUCAUAUGACAUGAUGACCUAUGGAUAAAAUCGCAUGAUGUGUAUUUUCUUAAA